GUCUCUGCCCUACCUCAGGUUGAAACGGGCUGAUGACAUCACUGGUUCCUGGGAGCUGCGGAGCUGGAGCCUGAGCCCAAGGGAGCCGGGCUGCCUGCCGGGGGCUGCAGAAAUGGAGGGCCGGAGCAGUGGGGACAGCAGGAGGCUAGGGACCCCGGGGAGCUUGGGCCCCUCACCUGUGCUCCAUGGGCCUUCUCAAACUGGUACACCCUCCAAGGUGGACUCAAGUUUUCAGCACCCAGCCAAGAACACAGCCCCGGUACCCUCAGAACCCAGGCUGGCUCUGGCACCUGUGGGACCUCGAGCAGCUACAUCACCUUCCUCAGAGGGGCCAAGGCUGGCUCUGGCAUCUCCCCGGCCCAUCCUGGCUCCACUGUCUACCCCUGGGGGACAGAAAAGAGCCCCUGCCCCCCACAGCUCCAGUCCGGCCCCUACAUCUGUGAGCCAAUUGGUGGUAUCUGCCUCAGCGGGCGCCAAGCCUCCCCCAGCCACCUCAGCUUCAGUCUUAGCCCCCACAUCACUGGGGCAGCUUGUAAUCUCAGCCUCAGCAAUGCCAAGGCAGCCACCAAGCUCUCUGGGACCCAGUCAAGCUCCAACCUCCAAGGACCAGAAGCCAUUGUCACCCACCUCCAUGGGAUCUAAACCAGCACUGGCAGCCUCGGGCCUAAGCCUGGCCCUGGCUUCUCAGGAGCAUCCUCUUCCAUCCCCCUCCAGCCCUUCCCCGGUGCCUAGUCCAAUUCUGUCUCCUUGUCAGGAGCAGUCUUUGACUCCAGCAUCUGCAAUAUCAGCCCCAGUUUCUAUGGGAUGGACACCAGCUAAACAGAGGGAUGUCCCAGCCCCUAGACCUCUUCCCCCUUCUGAGGGUCGUCUCCAGCCUCCAGCUCAGGCAUCUGCUCCUACCAGCUCCCCAGCCUUAAUCCAAACCUCCCCAGACCCCCGGGUUUCUCCUUCCUUCCGAGCCCGGCCUGAAGCCUCCCGCAAUAGCCCUGAAGAUCCUGUCCUGCCACGCCCACCCCACACCCUACCCUUGGAGGUGGGUACCAGCCUUCCAGAGUCUGGCACUCGCUCCCCUGGACUGUUGUCACCUACCUUCCGGCCAGGAACCUCCUCAGGCCAGACUGUGCCCCCACCUCUGCCCAAGCCACCCCGGUCUCCCAGCCGCUCCCCAAGCCGUUCCCCAAACCGUUCUACCUGUGUUCCCCCAACCCCUGAGGUGGCUCUCCCCAGGCCUGGCACCCAGGGUGCGGGGCCUGACACCCAGAGACCAAAGUCUGGCACCCAGAGUCCAGGGUCUGGCACCCAGAGUCCAGGGUCUGGCAGCCAGGGUUCAGGGCCUGGCACCCAUACUGCAGGGGCUGGCAGGUGCCUGAGUCCUAAGCUUCAGACCUCAGAAGCCCCAGUCGCCAUCUCUCCUACAUCCAUCUCGGCACCCUCCUCUUGGUCAGCUCAACCUACCUGCAAGAGCGACCCCGGAUUCCGGAUCACUGUGGUUACUUGGAAUGUGGGGACCGCCAUGCCCCCUGAUGAUGUCACCUCUCUCCUCCACCUGGGUGGCGGCGAUAACAGUGAUGGUGCAGAUAUGAUCGCCAUAGGGUUGCAGGAAGUCAAUUCCAUGAUCAACAAGCGCCUCAAGGAUGCUCUCUUCACUGACCAGUGGAGUGAGCUCUUCAUGGACGCUCUAGGGCCCUUCAACUUCGUGCUGGUGAGUACAGUCCGGAUGCAGGGUGUCAUCCUUCUGCUGUUCGCCAAGUACUACCACUUGCCCUUCUUGCGGGACGUGCAAACAGAUUGCACGCGCACUGGCCUGGGUGGCUACUGGGGUAACAAGGGUGGAGUGAGCGUGCGCCUAGCGGCCUUCGGGCACAUGCUCUGCUUCCUGAACUGCCACCUGCCAGCCCACAUGGACAAGGCCGAGCAGCGCAAGGACAACUUUCAAACCAUCCUUAGCCUUCAGCAGUUCCAGGGCCCCGGAGCGCACGGCAUCCUAGAUCACGACCUUGUGUUCUGGUUUGGGGACCUGAACUUCCGCAUCGAGAGCUAUGACCUGCACUUUGUCAAAUUCGCCAUCGACAGCGACCAGCUCCAUCAGCUCUGGGAAAAGGACCAGCUCAACAUGGCCAAGAACACAUGGCCCAUCCUGAAGGGCUUCCAGGAGGGACCCCUUAACUUUGCUCCCACCUUCAAGUUUGACGUGGGUACUAACAAAUACGACACCAGUGCAAAGAAGAGGAAGCCAGCCUGGACAGAUCGUAUCCUGUGGAAGGUCAAGGCUCCAGGUGGAGGCCCCAGCCCCUCAGGACGGGAGAGCCAUCGGCUCCAGGUGACCCAGCACAGCUACCGAAGCCAUAUGGAAUAUACAGUCAGUGACCACAAGCCAGUGGCUGCCCAGUUCGUCCUACAGUUUGCCUUUAGGGACGAUGUGCCAUUGGUGCGGCUGGAGGUGGCGGAUGAGUGGGUGCGGCCAGAGCAAGCUGUGGUGAGGUACCGCAUGGAAACUGUGUUCGCCCGCAGCUCCUGGGACUGGAUUGGCUUGUACAGGGUGGGUUUUCGGCAUUGCAAGGACUACGUGGCCUAUGUCUGGGCCAAACACGAAGAUGUGGACGGCAGCAUCUACCAGGUGACCUUCAGUGAGGAUUCCUUGCCCAAAGGCCAUGGCGACUUCAUCCUGGGUUAUUACAGCCACCACCACAGCAUCCUCAUCGGAGUCACGGAACCCUUCCAGAUCUCGCUGCCUACCUCAGAGUCGGCCAGCAGCAGCACCGACAGCUCUGGCACCAGCUCGGAGGGCGAGGACGACAGCACCCUAGAAUUACUCGCACCCAAGUCCCGCAGCCCUAGUCCUGGCAAGUCCAAGCGCCACCGGAGUCGGAGCCCGGGCCUCGCCCGCUUCCCCAGUCUCGCCCUGCGGCCCUCCUCGCGAGAACGCCGCGGUGCCAGCCGGAGUCCCUCGCCGCAGAGCCGCCAGCUGCCCCGGCCGGCCCCUGAUCGGGGCAGUGGCGGUGGCAGCCGGGGCAGCAGCGGAGAAGGAUCCUCAGGGCUGCCUGGCCCCUGGGCCUUCCCCCCGGCGGUGCCCCGAGGCCUGGGCCUACUGCCAGCCUUGCGAUUGGAGCCCGUCGACCCCGGUGGUGGCUCCUGGGGACCCGAUGGGGAGGCUCCCAACUCGGACAGCCUGUCUCCCAGCCCCCAAGGCCGGCAUGGGCUGGAGGAAGGGGGUCUGGGGCCCUGAGGGUAGACAGCAGGGGCGCCCAGGUGGCCACCCGCCCCCCUCCCUGCCGCCUCGAUGGCCCACAAACCUGCCUGCCUCUCCUGCUGCUGCCCCAGCUGCGUCCCCG